UGUGUGUGUGACGGAUGGAGAUUGCAGAGGUGCAUUUUUCUUCGGGAAAUCAUUUGAUCGAUAAAAUUGUUUUCUUCUUUUUGGUAUCAUUUGUACCUUUGGUACACAUGUAGUGUAGUUUCUAGAUUAUUGUUUUAUUUAGAUUUUACAUGGGAAAAUGGCUUCAUCAUCACAAGUGAAAAUUAAAAUUGAAGAUGUAUGUCGCACUUGUUUAGCCAAGGAAAGUGAAUUGUUUUCGGUGUUUGAUGUAUCCCUUGGUGCUGUAACUCUGGACUGUGCUAUAGCAGAUGUUACUGGAGUUAAGAUUGAACGUUCCGAUGGACUUCCUUUCACUGUAUGCCAGAUAUGUAAAGAAAAGGCCAGCAAAGCUUUCGAAUUCAGAAAACUAUCCCGAGAAGCUAAUACAACUCUACAGAAUGUUUACAAAAAAGAAAAAAAUGAAUUAUCUUAUCAGGAAAAUACAUCAUACCAGGAAACGGAUCCUAACAUAAAGACAGAGCAACCAACAGCAGAUGAUGGUGAUUACGUGGAUUGGAUCGGACUUGACGAUUUUAAUGACGUAGAUGCAGUGAAGGAUGAGAGAGAUGAUAUCAAAUUCACCGAAAGCAGAACAGCGACGUUUCAAUGUAAAAAUUGCAAUUUAGUUUUUCAAAGCAGUAAGAAGUUGCAAGAACAUACGUCCAAAAAUUGUUUAAAAGUGGAAUUUGAUGAUACAUGCAAUAAUUAUUGCCCUCUGUGUGGUACCAGCUAUCGCGAUGCAGUAAACUUGACAACUCAUAUGUGGGAGAAUCAUGCUGAUCUAAUGGGACCGAAGAAAAGAGGAAGACCUAAAAAAAUAUUAACAACAACAAUUCUUACAAAACUAUCCGAAAAUGGGUUUCGUUUGAAAGCUAUAACCGUGGAAAAGUAUGACUGUAUGAUUUGUAAAGAAGAAUGCAAUACCAAAGAAGAAUUAGGUGUCCAUCUUGUCAGACACAAAGAUACAAAAGUUAUGUGCUGUCUUCUUUGUAAGAAAAUGUAUUUAAAGGCAAGACACUUCAGUCGGCAUAUUUGCACAGAAAAAGGAAAUAAUAAAAAAGAAGAUGAUUUGUCAACAAUUGCUGGAAAAAACAAACAAAGCUGUGUGUCUGAAAUACUUUUGGAAGAGCUACUGGAGCCAAAUGGAAUCACGGAAAAUUGUACCUUACUUCAGGUAUGUGAAAUAUGUAGUGGUGUGUUCACAUCCGAAGAAGAUUUGAUGAGCCAUAAUGAUGCAGAGCAUCCCGAACGGUCGCUUAGGUGCAAUCUUUGUUUGAAGGUGUUUGCUUCAAUAAAAUCCGCUGCUCGCCACAGAAGUAUUUGUAAGCAGAUCGAGAGAAAACAUAAAUGUACCACGUGUGGCCUGAAAUUCGCCUACGAAAUAUCAUUAAACAAACACAUACUGAGAUACCAUGAGGGCCAAAGCGUUUCUGUAAAGUUUAUGGACACCAAAGCUAAAGACGAGGAAAAACAGUACCAGUGUGAUACUUGCAGCAAACAGUUUUCAAGGAAAGAGUUGCUGGUUAAGCAUACUAGAACCCAUUCGGACAAGUUGUAUGAAUGCGAUAUAUGCAAGAAGAAAUUCAAUAGAAGCGAUAAUUUAAGGUCACACAAAAAGACUCACGAUCCGCGCGAGAAAUCCAAAGCUAGCACUUGUUUGUGUUUGUACUGCGGCCGCAGCUUUAACAACUCGUCCAAUCUGAUCGUGCACAUGCGUCGGCACACCGGCGAAAAACCAUACAAGUGCGAUUUUUGUGGAAAAGGGUUCCCUAGAUCAUCAGAUCUUCAGUGCCACCGGAGGUCUCAUACUGGCGAAAAACCGUGUGUUUGUCGAAUAUGCGGUAAAGGUUUCUCGCGAAGCAACAAGCUGUCACGGCACAUGCGCGUGCACACCGGCGUGAAGCCGUACAAAUGUACGUACUGCGAGAAGGCAUUCUCGCAAAGUAACGAUUUAACGCUGCACAUACGCCGGCAUACCGGCGACAAACCGUACAUCUGUGAAGUAUGCGGCGAUAGGUUCAUCCAAGGCACAGCAUUACACAAUCACAGGCGUACUCACGGGCAUUACCCCCCGCCCGCGGCGGGCGCGUCGCCUGACGCGCAAGCGCACGUCAUCCGCUCCACAAACGACGCGUACGCGCUCAAGCCAACCCUCAGACCGGACGCAGACAGCCACGUGCUAACCACCUUCUCCGUUCAAAACAUCACGCACCCACCAGCUAACCAGUAACUAUUCAAUUAAUUACAUCACUGAGGCUACAUAAUAUAAGUAAAGUUUCAUUCAUUAUGAUAAUAGCAAUAGAAACAUUUUUCUCCUUUAAACGUUUCAAUGUUUAGAAUACAGUGUUGAUUUGUGAAUUCGAGUCUUUCAAGUACCUGUUUUGAACAGUGUUGGGCAAAUCGACAAUUUAUUUUAGUCACGAGUCAGGGACAAGCAAUGCAAUUUAGCAGAUAGAAUUUAGCUGAUGUCCACUUGAAUAAAUAGUUGAAAAAAUAUCUGGAUAUUAUUGCCUAACACUAAUUUAAAACAAAUUUUCAAAAACA